UGCUUCCGAUGGCGUCUUGGAUGGCUACCUGGCGGUCAUUCCAACUUCUGCUUCCAUCAUCCUCCCACCACCAUCAUGACAAAACAACAUGCCAUACAGUGCUUACAGAUGCAUGAACGUCUGAUCAUGCCAAUAUCAAUUCUAGAUCCAUUGUCUAAUCUUUUGAAUCAACUUCCCACUCGCCCCCCUCGAUCAGCUGUCACUCGCCAAUCAUGGGCCGUCCGUUGGCCGGUCAUUUGCCACAUUCUUUAUGAACUCGACCAUUUGUUUCAUGGAUUGAAUCCACCUCCAUCAGACCCCUCACUAGGCUACGCCCUGUUACAAUGGUUGACCCAGCCCUCACACACAACAACAACUGACUAA